CCGAGGAGCAGGGCGCGUGCAGACCAUCAGGGCUGCGCAUUCUUAGCUGGGGACUAAUUUCCAGUCCUCCACUUGGGUCUGGGUAAACAGCACCGCCCCGAUGGUUGUUUGUUUUAAGUGUGGAGCGAUCCAUCGCACAGCGCCGGGCUCGAUUGACACUGUCUGCUGAUCUGCUACUGCGGAUUGCUCAGAAUAACACGGCUGCUCGCUAAUUCCCGUCUAUCGGGGCUUUCGCCGAAACACCGAGAGAGUAGGGUCCAAAAAAAGCCAACAAGGCAGGCAAGACCGCCGCGCCGCCGGAGUCCGCACCCCAGAAUGGCUUCAGGAGACCUUUACGAGGUGGAGCGGAUCGUGGACAAGAGGCGGAACAAAAAGGGUAAGUGGGAGUACUUGAUAAGGUGGAAAGGUUAUGGCAGUAAGGAGGACACGUGGGAGCCAGAGCACCACCUACUGCACUGCGAGGAAUUCAUUGACCAGUUCAACAGCUUGAGACUGCACUCACACAAACGACCCAAAGUUCCUAAAAAUCGUCAAGAGCCCCUCAUCGCCAGCCAGCCAUCUGCUACGGAAAACUCCAGAGCUCGGUCUGAAGCCCGAAAGAAGAAAAGGACUUGUGGCCCAGCUGUUGGGGUCAGAGUAGGAGCUGUUCUAGGGGUUGGAAGUGGAGGGUCAGGACCCACUCAGAAGCAGAGGAAGGUGGGUGUUGGACCUGGGAAACAUGCUUUAGGGGACAGAGUUGGCAAAGCCAUGACAUACAAGGCUCCUCCACCGGGAGGGCCUCACUUUGUUCAUCCAGUGAGAGUUCCUCACAACGGACUCCAGAAUGGAGAGAUGGAUCCUCUCGUGUACAGGACAGCAGCAAGGUCACAUAGACUGCCCUCAGACAGAGCGGAUGGAGAGAUAGGAGACGUGGAUACCACUGGACAGCAGUUUACAUCUGAGCUAGGCUCCCCUCUGGCCAAUGGCAAGAUGCAUCUACACAGCUCAGUAAAGCGGAAGCUGGCCGAGGAGAAAGGCUACGUGUUCGACAAGAGGCUCAGGUACAACGUGCGACAGAACGAGAGCAACUGUCGAUUCCGAGACAUCGUUGUCAGGAAGGAGGAAGGCUUCACGCACGUCCUGCUCUCCAGCCAAACGACAGACAACAACUCUCUGACACCAGAGAUCAUGAAGGAAGUGUGUCGAGCUCUGGGUAAUGCAGCUGCUGAUGACAGUAAAUUAUUGUUGCUCAGCUCUGUGGGGACCGUUUUCUGCAGUGGCCUGGAGCCGUCAUACCUGAUAGGUCGCCUGUCCACUGACCGCAGAAAAGAGAGCAGCCGCAUCUCUGACGCUGUGCGGGAGUUUGUGUUGGCAUUCAUCCACUUCAAGAAACCCAUUGUGGCGGCAAUAAAUGGACCUGCUCUGGGCUUAGGGGCCUCCAUCCUGCCCCUGUGUGAUGUGGUGUGGGCCAGUGAGAGGGCCUGGUUUCAGACUCCGUGUGCAGCCCUCCACCUCACCCCCUCUGGAUGCUCCUCUUACACCUUCCCACAGAUCCUGGGUGUAGCUCUGGCCAAUGAGAUGCUGUUCUGUGGACGAAAGCUCACAGCACAAGAGGCGUGCAGUCGAGGUCUGGUGUCACAGGUCUUCUGGCCAACCACAUUUAACCAAGAGGUGAUGCUGCGUGUGAAGGAAAUGGCGUCAUGCAAUGCAGUGGUUUUAGAAGAGUCCAAAUGCCUGGUGAGGAGUAUCCUCAUGUCAGUCCUGGAGGAAGUGAAUGAGAAGGAGUGUCAGAUGCUGAAGCAGCUGUGGUGUUCAACCAAAGGACUGGAGGCACUCUUCAGUUACCUGCAGAACAAAGCGUAUGAGAAGUGAGCACCCACAGCCAUCGGUCAAAGGUUAUCUGCGGAGGGAUGUGCAGGAUGAUGACGGUGUGAUCUCAGACUGAAGCAAAGGAUUUUUGUUUCCAUCCAUCAGCAGAGGGGAUUCACUGGAGUCCUGUUUGCUUCCACGUGUACCACCAACAACUUCAUGAUCUUCUCUUGUAAAUCAACUUAUAUUUUAUAUUUAUUAAACCCACAGCUGUCCAGAUGUUUGUUCUCUCAGAGUCAAAGAGCCAAAUGUGCAUUGCUUAAACACAUAAACACUGAAGGUGGUUCUUCAGGGAGGUACAGAGUGUUUUGUACAUAUGAGAGACUUGAAAUGAUCAGGAUGUAUGAAAUCAAUAUGUGUCUGAUAGCACAGGAUGAUAAAUAGGUGAUAAUAUAUAUUAAUAUAUAUUUAUUUCAAGCGUGUAAAAGAGUUGCUUUCUGAAUAUAAGGAUUUGCUUUAGUUGCUUUUUGUUUUGAAGUGUAAAUUUGCAUGAGGACACUGUUUCCUGCUCCUUACAUGCACAUUCCAUCCUCUCUGUACGGACAGAUGAGAACUGGCCACACAUGCUCGUUCAUGUCAGCGGAUCACAGUCAGCGACUGCGGUGAAACGUCACGAAAGACUUUUUUUUUUUAAUGAUUAUUCAUUAUUCUUACUGUUAAAGUCUUCAUUACACAGAACAGGCAUCGUGUUUGCCAGUAAUUUGGUCUUUAUUAUCGUAAUCACCAUAAAUUUGCUCCCGUUGCAUGAAAUCAAGAUUAAUGCUUAUGUGCUAAUGAAACCGUCUGGUGAUUACAAGUACAUAAAAAAAUCAUCGUCACAUUGUCAACAUCCAUUUGUCUUUAGGUAUUUUCUCCUGCAACAAACUGGCAAGCGUUUAUUUAACUUUUAUUUAUCGAAUACAGUCUCACUGAGGACAGGAUUUUUCUUUUAAGGUGGACUUGUUGGAAUUGAAAUGCAAAUUGGAGUGGGAUUAGAGGACAGUGGAAGCUUAAUGGGAAUGCCAGCACUAAAUAUACAAAAUGUCCGUUAAUAAUAAAGUGGUGUUUUGGGGUUGAACUGGUGGCACAUGUCACGUGGAGGGAUUAGUAAUGGAUUUGAUCCCCUUUAGUUAGAGCUACAUACACAUGCAGUACUGUGGUGGUUCAUCUGUACAACAUGGCUUCCAGUUAUUGUGUGAAACGCGUGAUCAUCAUGUUGAUGUCAUUUCUUAGCUGUGUAUUUUUUUGCGAGCACACAAAAAGAGAUGAUAAUUGUUGGUCCUCCAGUUAAUCAUGUUGUGACUACACUAAUUGUCAGUGAUCUAUAUAUCGUGGAAAUGCAACAGUCGUGUAGCCGGAGUCGACUUUGUCCUUACCUGCAUGUGAUGAUUCAAGAUUUCCAGACAUUUUAUAUAUCGCAAUGUGUAUUAUAUGUAGGGAUCUAUUUUGUUUUACCAAAAAAAUAAAAGUAGGUCUGUGAGAAUUGUUUUGUAAAACUCAGAAGAUAUUUGUCCAUUUUUUUGCAGUGGUACACAUGCAGUACAGGAUAAUACAUAGAUGAUGUGGACUGUUUGUGUAACUAUUUGCAUGUAAUAUACUGUACAUAUGAAUGUGUUGCCUGUGGAAGUACCUGGUAUUUCAGGGUAUGUUUUUGUAUAAACAUUGUAAGUAUUGUUAGAAAUGGUGCAGUUUAUUUUUGUAUUUAUUUGAGAUAACUGUUUGGAUGUGCAGUGCCAUGUUGUCUCCUUUGCUCCAGACGCCCACACGACUCUGUCAAUCACUCUUUCUAAAUUAUUCCGUAAAAACUUUGAAGAAGAAAAUGGGGCAGAUCAUUUAUACAUAUAUAGUUUCAAAUUCAAAAUCUGUAAACACUAUUCCCACUUGAAUGUUUACCUCUUGAGCUGACAUUAACAGAUGAAUUAUUUUGUCAUAAAUUAUCAAAGUCAUGUCAGAUAAUUUAUAUAUAUAUAGGUAUGAAUGGAUGAUCAAUAAAAUGACCUUUAUUGUAUUUCAGAUUUGUCAAUUUCAAGUAUAUAAGACUUGGUGUCACUGUUCCAUGGUGUUGUUUACUGAUUUUCAGUCAUCUGUUGCAUUUAACUACAGGGUAUGAUUAAUAGUUUGAUGAAUUAUUUAAAAACUACUAAAAUUAAAAAAAAAACUUAAAGGAAUACUUCACCCACAUGACAACCAUUUGUAAAUUCAUUACUCAUGCUGUGAUACCUUGAAUCUGUAAAGAAAAUGGCAAACAUUGACUCAUUGAAUGAUUGGGGACCUUAUUUAACAACAGCAACUCUCACACAACUCAUGCAGUAUAUUCAAGUCUCAUUUAUCCUGUUGUAAGCUCAAUGUUUCCAGCACAUUCUCACUCCGGCCUUAUCACAUAUUGACUUUUGGUCAUGGACUUUCCACGUCCACAUACAAUGUGAAAGGUACCCUGGGUACGUUGGUUGUUGACCUUCUGGGACGCCGUGUCAAGUUCUGCCUGUUACAUGCAUCGUCUUCUUUCAAAAUACACUUCCGUUUUCACAGGAAAUUUACUGUUUACAUAGUCUCUUUCAAAAUAAACACACUAUGUCGGUACAACACUGCAAAUUUUCCUUCAACAACUAACGCACAUGGUUGAGUUUAAGCAACAAAAACACGUGGUAAGGUUUAGGAAAAAAGAACAGGGUUUGGCUUUAGAAUCUUACAGGACAUGAACACCACACGCACUUUGGCCACCUUAAAGGAAAUGGCCACUUUAGAAUGAAAAUACAG